CCUCCGGGCCUCCAACUCCCGGGCCGGUCCGCCGCCUCCGACUCCGCUCGGCGCCGGGGCCGCGCCGGCGGUAUGAGCGCGGCACACGGCGGGUCGGUGCGGACGCUGCGGGUGCCGGGCCGCCACGGCUACGCCGCCGAGUUCUCCCCGUACCUGCCCGGCCGCCUGGCCUGCGCCGCCGCGCAGCACUACGGGAUCGCGGGCUGUGGAACUCUGCUAAUAUUGGAUCAAGAUGAAUCUGGGCUUAGGAUUUUUAGAAGCUUUGACUGGAACGAUGGUUUGUUUGACGUGACCUGGAGUGAGAACAAUGAACACGUCCUGGUCACGUGUAGUGGGGACGGCUCGCUGCAGCUCUGGGACACUGCCAAGCCCACAGGGCCACUGCAGGUCUACAAGGAACACACUCAGGAGGUAUAUAGUGUUGAUUGGAGCCAAACCAGAGGCGAACACCUUGUGGUAUCUGGUUCAUGGGAUCAAACCAUCAAACUGUGGGAUCCAAAUGUUGGCAAGUCUUUAUGCACCUUUAGAGGCCAUGAAAGUGUCAUUUAUAGCACAAUCUGGUCUCCCCACAUGCCUGGUUGCUUUGCUUCAGCCUCAGGUGACCAGACUCUGAGGAUUUGGGAUGUGAAGGCAGCAGGAGUCAGAAUUGUGGUUCCAGCACAUCAGGCAGAAGUUUUGAGUUGCGACUGGUGUAAAUACAAUGAGAAUUUGCUGGUGACGGGGGCAGUUGACUGUAGUUUGAGGGGCUGGGACUUGAGGAAUGUUCGACAACCAGUGUUUGAACUGCUUGGUCACACCUAUGCUAUCAGGAGAGUGAAAUUUUCACCAUUUCAUUCUUCUGUGCUGGCCUCUUGCUCCUAUGACUUUACUGUAAGAUUCUGGAACUUUUCAAAGCCUGACCCUCUUCUUGAAAUAGUGGACCAUCAUACAGAGUUUACCUGUGGUUUAGAUUUAAGUCUUCAGAGCCCUACUCAGGUGGCUGACUGUGCUUGGGAUGAAACGAUAAAGAUAUACGAUCCAGUUUGUCUUACUGUGCCUGCUUGAGAUGCACUACUCUGAUCAGAAACAAAGAACAUUGGCUGAAGAACUACUUACCAGGAAAUAAAUUAACUAUUGAUAACAUAGUCAUUAUGCUUUUAUAUGCUAUUCGGAUUUCAAAUGUUAAAAACAUACCCUGAAUCAGUUUAGCGGCAGCUGAUACAGACUUGGGCUCACCCUUUCAGCCUGACACAUUAGCCAUAUUUCCUAAAAUUCUAAGGAAUGAUUGAUGUUAUGGUAUUUCUUACAGUAUGUUAAAAUGUAAACUCGGUGUUAUAAAAUGGGUGAAAUUUGAUUCAUAUAGGUUAUAUAGGUAGGGAUAUAUUUUAUUUUUAAUUUGUCACUUUUGAUGUGAAAUAUAAUCACUGCUGUUGAUAAAAAAAUAAAUUGCAUCUCUUGAUCACUUA